AUGGAAGAAGCAAAAAAGAAAGAUACUAAGCCCCUGGAAAAGGGGGAAGAGAAGGACAAGGAUAAGGAAAAGGGACAGAAAUCCUCUGGGAAAGACAAGGAAAAGAAAGAGGAACAAGAGUUGUCGGAGGAAGACAAGCAGCUACGGGAGGACCUGGAGAUGAUGGUGGAGAGGCUGAGUGAGAAGAACACAGCUUUGUACCGUCCGGCGUUAGAAGAGCUUCGCAGACUAAUCCGCUCAUCAACCACCUCCAUGACCUCAGUACCAAAGCCCCUGAAAUUCCUGCGCCCACACUAUGGCAAGCUGAAGGAAAUCUACGAGAGCAUGGCCCCUGGCGAGAACAAGCGAUUCUGUGCUGAUGUGGUGUCUGUGUUGGCCAUGACCAUGAGCGGAGAAAGGGAAUGCCUGAAGUACCGUCUGGUCAGCUCUCAGGAGGAGUUGGCUUCCUGGGGACACGAAUACGUCAGGCACCUUGCAGGUGAGGUGGCAAAAGAAUGGCAGGAGGUAGAGGAGAGUGACAAAACCCAGCAGGAGACGCUGCUGAAGCUGGUGAAGGAGAUCGUGCCCUACAACAUGGCCCACAAUGCAGAACACGAGGCGUGCGACCUGCUGAUGGAGAUCGAGAGGCUGGACAUGCUGGAGGACUAUAUCGAUGAAAACGCCUAUGGAAAAGUCUGCCUGUACCUCACCAGCUGUGUGAGUUAUGUUCCUGAACCUGAGAACUCUGCGCUGCUGAGGUGUGCCUUGAACAUCUUCAGAAAGUUUAACCGUUAUCCAGAGGCCCUGCGCCUGGCCCUGAUGCUCAACGACAUGGAGCUAGUUGAAAACAUCUUCACAUCCUGCAAAGACAUAGUCAUCCAGAAGCAGAUGGCCUUCAUGUUGGGCCGUCACGGUGUCUUCUUGGAGCUAAAUGAAGACGUGGAAGACUGUGAAGACUUGACAGAGAUCAUGUCCAACGUGCAGCUCAACAGCAACUUCUUGGCCCUGGCCAGAGAGCUGGAUAUCAUGGAACCCAAAGUCCCAGAUGAUAUCUACAAAACUCACCUGGAGAACAACAGGUUUGGUGGCAGCGGAUCCCAGGUGGACUCGGCUCGUAUGAACCUGGCCUCUUCCUUUGUCAACGGCUUUGUCAACGCCGCCUUCGGGCAGGAUAAGCUGCUCACAGAUGAUGGCAACAAGUGGCUGUACAAGAACAAAGACCACGGCAUGCUGAGUGCUGCUGCUUCUCUGGGUAUGAUCCUCCUUUGGGAUGUGGAUGGUGGUCUGACCCAAAUUGACAAAUACCUCUACUCCUCUGAGGACUACAUUAAGUCCGGCGCCCUCCUGGCCUGUGGCAUUGUGAACUCUGGUGUGAGGAACGAGUGUGACCCAGCUCUGGCCCUGCUCUCCGAUUACGUUCUCCACAACAGCAAUGUCAUGAGGAUAGGCGCCAUCUUUGGACUGGGCCUGGCCUACGCCGGCUCCAACAGAGAAGACGUCCUCUCUCUGCUUCUUCCUGUCAUGGGAGACUCCAAAUCAAGCAUGGAGGUGGUUGGUGUGACGGCGCUGGCAUGCGGCAUGAUCGCUGUGGGGUCAUGUAAUGGAGACGUGACCUCCACCAUCGUCCAGACCAUCAUGGAGAAGAACGAGCAGGAGCUGAAGGACACCUACGCUCGCUGGCUGCCUCUGGGUUUGGGACUCAACCACCUAGGAAAGGGGGAAGCCAUUGAGACGACUCUGGCAGCUCUGCAGGUUGUUCCUGAGCCUUUCCGUAGCUUUGCUAACACAUUAGUGGACAUCUGUGCAUAUGCAGGUUCUGGCAAUGUGCUGAAAGUGCAGCAGCUUCUGCAUAUCUGCAGUGAGCACUAUGAAGCCAAGGACAAAGACAAGGAUGAGGACAAGGACAAGAAGGACAAAAAGGACAAAGACAAGAAGGAGACUGCUGAUAUGGGCUCUCACCAGGGCGCUGCUGUUCUUGGUAUCGCUCUGAUUGCCAUGGGCGAGGAAAUUGGUUCUGAAAUGGCUCUGCGAACAUUUGGACACCUGCUGCGUUAUGGGGAGCCCACCCUGAGGCGAGCGGUACCGCUGGCCCUCGCGCUCAUCUCCGUGUCCAACCCUCGUCUGAACAUCUUGGACACUCUCAGCAAGUUUUCCCACGAUGCUGACCCAGAGGUCUCCCACAAUUCAAUCUUUGCCAUGGGCAUGGUGGGCAGCGGCACAAACAACGCCCGCUUGGCGGCCAUGUUGCGACAGCUGGCCCAGUAUCACGCCAAAGAUCCCAACAAUCUCUUCAUGGUCCGCCUGGCACAGGGUCUGACUCACCUGGGCAAAGGCACACUCACGCUCUGCCCCUACCAUAGUGACAGGCAGCUGAUGAGUCAGGUCGCUGUGGCUGGACUGCUCACCGUGCUCGUUUCCUUCCUUGACGUCAAGAACAUCAUCCUGGGCAAGUCUCACUACAUCCUCUAUGGCCUGGUGGCUGCCAUGCAGCCCCGCAUGUUGGUUACAUUCGACGAGGAGCUGCGACCACUGCCCGUGUCUGUCAGGGUCGGACAGGCUGUCGAUGUGGUAGGCCAGGCAGGCAAGCCCAAGGCCAUCACAGGUUUCCAGACUCACACCACACCAGUGCUGCUGGCUCACGGAGAGAGGGCGGAGCUGGCCACAGAGGAGUACCUCCCCGUCACGCCAAUCCUGGAGGGAUUUGUUAUCCUCCGCAAGAACCCCAACUACGAGACCUAGUCUGUACCCAUUCUCACUGGCCUUUCCUUGUUUCUAAGGGUUCUCCUUUGAGGCCCUUGGCAAUUGUUGUUUAGUUGUUGAUUGCAAUGCUGAAAGGACUCAAAACAAGCCUGUCAUCGUUUGUUGUCUGUGACCCAGCUCCAGCAGUCAUUAAAAAUUGAUGGAUGUGGUGUUAGGUUGGACUGCUGUAACACAGGGAGGACAUUCUGGGACCUCAUCCUUUCUACCUAGAUGGUUCCACAUUGCUCUAAUUUUGAUCCACCUCCCCCAACACAUGGCGACCCAACUCUUUGACUCUUGGACCAGUUUAUUAAAACGAAACCCGUUUGUCACUCUUCUGUAAAGUUUUCUUUCCUGAGUCAAUGAUUAACUAAUGCCUAGCCAACAGCGGUGAUAUUGUUGGCAAACAUCCACGGCCCUCUUUUGUAACUAGAGCAUUUAAAACUAUGUAUUCUGCUUCACCUUUUUUCUUUUUUUUCUUUUGGUUUUUGUUACAGUGCUGUAAAA